AUGUCUAUUGGAGAUGGUAGCAACACAGACAUCUGGACAGAUCCAUGGGUUGUAGGGAUUCCAAAUCUCUCCCCCACUAUGGCCUUUUCUUCUGAUGGCUUGAGACUGAAAAAAGUAAGGGAACUUAUGAAUUCAGAUGCCACUGCUUGGGAUAAUGAGCUUGUAGAGCAAACUUUCAGGCCUGAAGAAGCUCAAAAAAUUCUGAAUAUCCCCCUCAAGGAAGGCCAACAAGAUGCUAUGAUCUGGACUCCUCAUAAGCAAGGUAAAUUCUCUGUUAAAUCUGCUUAUUUGUCCAUUCUAUCUGAAAGGAAAACGCUCUUCACACCCCCCGAAUCCAGCAAACAAAGCCGAAGAAUUUCUAAGACCUGGAAGACCACAUGGGCUCUGAAAAUUAAAAACAAAAUAAAGGUCUUUCUCUGGCGUUGUUGGUACAAAUAUCUAGGCACCAAUGACCAGCUCAUCAAGAGAGGUAUUCUGGUGGACCCCAUUUGCAGUGUUUGUGGGUCUACUGAGGAAUCACUCGAGCACAUUCUAUUCUUUUGUCCCCGUGCUGUAAAAGUUUGGAAGCAUGCCGGCUUACAUUGGGAAGGUAUGCACCUCUCAAACUUCACUUUCCAAACUUGGUGGCAAGACAUCUGUUCUAUGAAGAGAGUUAGAAGCUUUCACGACCGUAUACACUUUUCUUCUUAUUUACUCUGGUGGUUGUGGAAGUCUCGAAAUAUUUGGAUCUUUAAUAAGAUCUGGAAAUCCGAAGUUGAUAUUGCUCGAGGAGCUUGGGCAGAAUGGGUGGAAUUCGAGGAAGUUUCAAAUGUUGGUUCAUAG